ACUCCUGUCGCCCAAUUUACUCAGUGCACUAAUGGUCAAACUGAACCUCCUUGUACAAAGGAACCACCUCCAACUGCACCUUAUCCACCAGAAGAAUCAUCAUUAUUACCAACUCUACAAGGUGACGAUGUACACGAACAAGGUACUCGUGCAGUUGGAGGGUUAACUGAACAAGAUAUGGAAGUUCCAGACGCUAAGGAAUCUAUCGAAGAUUCUUUAGAAGAAGCCAAGAAACUCGGCAGUAAUCUACUCACUCCAGGAUCUCUUCCUUCUAAAGAACAAGGCGACUCCACUCAUCUCCCAUCUCAAGAUGCUCCAUCUUCUCUUACUCAAGUAUCUAUGGUUAAGGACAAUGGGCACUCUGACAGUAAACCACCAACAGUAAGCCCUGGU